UCCUCGACAGGAUGGACGACAGCGAGACCCACAUGAAUAAGAAGCCCAGAAUAACUGGCUCACGGGCUCCUUCCCGAGACCAUCAGACCUCCACCUACACCGAGCUGAACAUUCUCGCAGAACAUCAGACCUCCACCUACACCGAGCUGAACAUUCGGAAAGGCGAACGCCUCACCAAUACACACGCAGAUGGUCUGGACCCCACCUACUCUCAGUUGAACCUUCGCAACAAUGAACUUCUCAUCGCUAAGGAUGAAGAUCCUCCGGUCACGUCGAGUGCAGGGGAAAAGCCAGUGACUGCUCAGGCAGGUCCGCAUAAACAGGAGCCGAAUGAGAACAUUGGAAAUAGACCGGAUCGUAAGAUCUGCCUGCACAGCCUAGUGACGUCCGUCCUCUUCGUGGCCGUGGUCGGGCUGUCGAUCUAUGUGUCACAGAUUCGUCAGUCUCAGAUCACAUCCAGCCGAAACUUACAGCUCCUUCGGGAAGAAUAUCGCGAGAUGAACAGGACCCAGCGCCAAUGUCGACUACAAGUCCUUGAGUUAAACUCAACCCUUGAAUCCACAAUAUCCGAGAAUUCCCUCCUGAAUCUGACCCAGGGAACCUGUCUCAACUAUCUUUCUGCGCUCAACUCUAAUCUGUCCGUUCUUAAACGAAGAAACACUGAACUUCGUAACCAGGUUAUUCAGGUGAAAAAGAAGUACAGAUCUGCCAACGAAACCAAGGCUCAAAUUUGUCAAUUGUUGACCGGCACAAGAGUGCAUCCGUGUCCUCAGAACUGGAUCAAUAACGGAAGUCGGUGUUAUUUCAUAUCCUCCAUGGAGAAAGCUUAUGAUGGAGCGAGGGAACAUUGUUCAAACUUUAAUGCAAGGCUCCUCGAAAUAAAUUCAAAAAAGGAAGAGGAUUUUGUUUCCACAUCCAUCGGCUAUGUAUACAGAACUUACUGGAUUGGAAAAUGCAGAGACGGGAAUGUGGACUCUAAUGUUCUCGACAAGUCCUUUGGAUGGUCCAGCUGCAGUAAAUGCAACGCGUACCGGGGCUACAAUAAUUGCAAAAGUAAUUACAGAUUCAUCUGCGAGAAGUCGGAUAUUCCUGCAGAGAUCAGAGGUCUCUGUCAACACCCCGUGGAGAAGACUUAAAUCAAAUGAAUGCACCCCACCUCUCCCCAUUCAAUCUAACCCACUCUCAAACCCCCAUCCUUUUACUCCUUACCACCCUCUCUUCCCCUCCUUCCUACCCCAGUCUCCUCCUCUAAUCGCAUCCCCAUUCUUCCCCACUACUCACCCUCUCCCCAUCUAGACCACUCUUCACCCUUCCCGCCCCGCUCUCCGCUCCCCCCAUUUACUCCCCCUUUCUACUCCUCUCUUUGUCCUUCUCCUCAACUCAUUCCGCUUCUGCUCUGGCUCUGUCUCCCUCGGACCCCACUCUCUGCCUCUCCGCUCUCCGUUCUCUCCACACACUCUCACCUCAAUUCUGUGCACUCAGUCUCUCAAUUCCCCAACCCAGGUGGAAAAGACUGUGCACAUUCACCCUAUCUGUACCCCUCCUGGAUUCAUAACCACAAUCCAGGGAAUAUAGACUCAUCCGUCCUUCUUGCCUUCUCUCCGUAUCUUCGACUCUCGAGACCCGGCAACAUCCUCGUAAAUCUCCCCCCGCACUCUCUCCAGCUCAGUGGCAUCUUUCCUACAGGAGGGGGACCAGAACUGUACACCGCCCUCCAAGCGCCGCCUCACCGAAGCAUUGAACAACUUCAACGUGACCCCGGGACGAUGCAAAGAUGUAAAAUUAACGUAAAUUGGGAGAAUUAAUAAAU